AUGGACCCCUCAGCCACCAAAGCCAUCCUGAGGGUGCUGGGCCUCUGCGUGGUCCUGCUCUUGCUGGUGGCGGCGGCGACGGUCUCCGUGGCCGUGAUGGUGUGGCACUCGGAGGCCGUGCGGAAGCUGCAGGGAUGCCGGGAGCAGGCGGCCAACGAGACGGCGAUGCUGGGGGGCCGCGUGGCUGAGCUGGAGCGGGACAGGGCCGAGCUGCGGGCGAGGCUGGAGGAGGGCGCCCGCAGGGAGAAGCUGCUGCAGCGGCAGCUGGGCGCAGCCAAGGACGAGGGGAGGAAGCUCAACACCACCCUGCUGUCCUGCUGGGAGCACGUGACCCUGCUAACGGACAACGUGACCGCCCUGAGGAACGAGGUCCAGGCCCUGCAAGCAGAAGGCGCCCAGAUGGACACCAGGAACGUGGCCGUGGAAGCCGAGCUGGCCCGGGGCAAGGAGACGCUGGCAGCGCUGCAGCGGCAGCUGGAGGCGGCGCGGGGGCAACAGCGAGCGCUGCGGGGGCAGCGGGAGCAGUGCGAGGCCCGGCAGAGCCAGCUCCAGGACAGCCUGCAGGACUACCUGGCCGAGAUCGACUCCCUCCGCCGGCGGCUGAGCUCCCGCGCGGCCGGGCGCAGGUGCCCCCCUUUCCGGUACUUUGUGUGGGUGCUGGCAAGCGCCGCUUGCUUUGCGUCCUUGCUCGAAGGGCUGAAAUCCCCUCUCUAAAGCACUCGGGGCCGGGCCGGCACGGCAGCCAUCGCUGCGGGGCCUCACCUUGCUACGCCCGCACCAGAGCCGGCCAAGGGCUGUGCCACGGCGCGGCCCCCCCGAUGCUCACAGCCCCACUGGAGAGACCCCGAGACCUCUGGAUCCCACCAGGCCGACCUGCCCCAAACGAUACUGGGAAACCUGCGUGGCUCGCCCGGACCGCAGCACGGACCUUCGCUCGCAGCCUCUGCCGCUCCCUGCUCCCGCGUGUCUGCAUGCAUCUCCCCCCCCCAGCUGCAGGGAAUCUGGUGCUUGAGAGCUGGUUCCCAUCCCAGGGGCUGGCUCCCCCUCCAGGGGCCACGGGGGCCUCCCCAAACCGGCCUCAGCACCUAGCACUCGAGCGUGGACGUGCCGGGGGGCCGCACCACGCGUGCAGGAGCCCACAAAGCUUUGCAAGUCACCCCCUUUCCCCGGGCUGGGAGGCAGCGGGGGGCUGCGAAGGUGCCAGGCCUGGGGAGGAAGGGCAGGGUCAUUUCUCCAGCUGAGCCUGGCGCGGGAGCGCAGGGAAGUCAAAGGGAACAUGCCCGGGUGGGUCCGAGCCCCGCGUUCAGCCCUCUGCCCACCAGGAAACCGGCCCCGGCCCGGGAGCUGCCCCCCUGCCAAGACACCCCCAGCCCUGCACAUUUCAUCCCAGCCACCUCGUCCACAUUAAGGAGCUCUGCCUUCGCGGGGCGGCAGGGGCGGGGGGAAGCCGGAGCGCGGAGCCAGCUCAGCCGUGAGCGCAGACCUCUGCAUAAAUACAGGUUUCAACCCUCCGCCUCGCACGGGUGUCUGGCAGGCAGCGGGAGGCCCCGGUGCGGCCCCCCCUGCUCUCCCACGGCUCCAGGCGAGGGGCUGCAACGUUAACCAGACCCCGCGGAGGGCGCGGGGCUGGGCUCCAGCGCGUCCUCCAGCCGUCGCGGACCUGCCCCACAUGAGCUAAGCCGCUCGCAGGGCUGGGGGGCCACGGGGCGCGGGUGGGAAAGCACGAGGGCGUUUCUGGCUCCCCUGGGCUGUGAUUGCCCAGGCUCAGGCUGCCCUUCGGUCCGGCGGCAAAAGCAGACCCUAGGCGCCGGGCUCCGCCGGAGCGGUUUGCUCCCCUGGGAAAGGUCAGCGGGGGAGGGAGCUGGGGGGAGGCACGUCACUUGUCAGCUCCUCCCCGCCUCAAACCCGGGCACAAAACGGUUUCCAGGAAAGUCAGGACAGUGCUGCCAUUGCAGCUUCCUGCAUCUGCCGCGGGACAUCCGGCCUGCGCUUGCUCGGAGCAGCCCCAGCUGCAACCGCAGCCGGGCCCGCCGCCGGGGAGAGGGCGCCCGCCGGGCCGAGCAAGCGCCCGCUGCCUGCCCCGGGUGCCGGCCCGGCCCGCGCGCUGCAACGGGCACUUGCACUCGGGCUGGCCACACGCAAAGCACGCGCUUAGGUGGGGUGACCGACUCACGCUCCAGGCCCUUGCCUGGUCCUGGCACGGGGCAGGAGGGCACUGGCCGGGGGGGUCGACUGGUAAAAUCAGGCAUAUGCAUGCAGGCACACGCGUGGCUGCCUGCUCACGUGCCAGGGGGUCUCUCUCCCUCGGUGCCGGGCAUGGGGGCUUCCCGGGAGGGGGGCCCGCGGCCCUGGCCAAGCCAGCAGCACCCCCCCGGACCCAGUUCCGACCCGCCAGUCCUUUGCGAGGGUCGCAGCGGUCACGGGGAGCAGGGGCCGAGAGCCGGAACCCGCCACGUCCGAAGCAGGAGGCAGGAGAGGAGCGCGCCGAGCCCGAGGCCUGGGGCCCAGGCCCCCUUGCCCAAGUAGCAAGCGGCGGGGUUGGACCCGGCGCCAGGCCUGUGCGCAGGAGAUGGGAGGGUCCGCGCACAGGGAUGCGGCAAGAGGAGGGGGUGCAAGGGCUGUGCCGUGUGCCAGCUUGUCCCCGGGGGGCAACUCCUGCGCGCAGAGCUGCCUGGCUCAUACCCGAGGCCUGGGAGAUUGGGACCAGGGUGACCUUAGCCAAGACCCUGCAUCUCUGUCAGACAGAUCCUGCCCCCCUGCCUUAGCCAGGCAGUGACAGGGGCUCCCUGGGGCAUGAGCAUGGGUGCAGGGAGGAACUGGCAGGGGGUGCUGCAAGCUCAGUGGAAGAGCCAGGCGACACCAGCCAGGCCCCCGGCGGGUGGCACAAGGACAGGGUGUCUCAGCUCCCACGGGGCAUCCCUGCAAAGACCCCCCUGCCCCGGUAUAGGGAAGACGGGCUCUGCCUCCCCCAGUUGUGCACCCCUCCCUGAAAGUAAAUCCUGCGUGGACUCAGGACCGAGCGCGAGGGGGAUGCACCCCCCCAGCCAACCCGACCCACCCCUCCUGCAGCCCAGCACCCACCGCUGCAUGGGGUGGGGGGCAGCCCUGGCCUGCAAAGAGGGCUCCCCCUGCACAGCGGUGCCCGCAGGGGUCAGCCCUCGCUCCCCCUGCCCCCCCUGCUCAGCUGCUGCAGCCGGGGGGCAUGCUGGGCACGCACAUUACACCGGGCACGUCACUGCCUGGCAGCCCCGGUGCACGGAGGGUCUCAGACAAAGCCGGGGCUCCUGUCCCGGGGUGGGGGGGCUGGCGGGGGUGACUCACAACCGCUCUUCAGCUCAGGAAGGAAGCAGCAGGACUGAGACCGGGAUCCGGCCAGCGCUGCCCGUAGCAAUCAGGCGCUUGCCAGCCCCCCGGGACCCGGCCGCAGCCUCAGCCCCAGACAACACAGUGAGGAUGUGGGAAAUGGAAACCGGAGGGGAUGUCGAGGAGGCCUCUAAAACCCCCGUCCUCUUGCGGCACCCCCAUGCCCACGCCGUGCUCCCUGGGGAGACAGCACCUCCUCGGGCUGUGGCUGAACCCCCCCCAGCAAAGCUCUGCCCUAUUGCCCUCUGGACAAGCCCAGCUGGCUAGAGCCAAGGACAAGCGGCACCGACAAGCCCCUUCCUUCCUUACCCGUCCCAGCCCCAGCUCUGGGCCUCUGGGGCCCCUCGGGCGGCUUCUGCUCCCACCGCAGGGUGGCGGUCUGGGGGAGCCACCGUGGGAACCAGGGGCAGGGGGGCUGUGAGCCUGGGGCUGUUUUCAUCCGUAGCACAAGGCCACGGGUCUCGGUCCUUGCUGGGAAGAGCCGCGAGAUGUCCCCCACAAAGAGCCCGAGGACCUGGGCAAGCAGGGAGAGGGGAGGGGAGCAAGGCUGCACCCCAGCCCCACGAUACCCCCCAGCCCACACCGCCAGACUUACCCCAGAAAAAGCCCAGGGGACUCUGGAGGUCCUGCAGCCAGUGGGAGGGGGGCAGCAAUGGGGCUCACCUGGCUGCCUCAGGUGGUCCGCAGUCAGCUCCACACUUCUGCGGGGCUGCGUCGCCCACCAGCAUCGAAAGCUUGGAGCAUGCCCCCUCCCUCGCGCCUGAGCAGGGAGCAGCAGGUCCAGGCCCCUGCACCGGGGGUCAAUCCCCCCCAGCCCUGGGGCAGAGCCGGGGAGACUUGCACCUGGGCUUGAUCCUGCUCCCAGCCGUGAAGCCCCUUGCAGCUUGAUGGAGCUGAAUCAGGACAGGGCUGCAACCCCCAUCUGCUUCGAAGGAGCCCCUGAUCCUUGGGCUUCAAGCCCACCCUGGGUCUGUCCUCCACAGGGAGCAGUGAAGCAGGGACAGACCCGCAGGGGCCUGGCUAGGGAAUUGGGCCAUGAAGCAGCACUGCAUGAGCACGGCCGGGGUGCCUUUCACCCCUGCCCAGGCGAGGAUACUCCCUUGCUGUCUGCAAGGGGCUUGCUGGGCCUUUCCUGGGAGCAUGCAGUGUAGACAGGCCGUGGACAGCAGCUGGACUCAUUUAUCCUCCCCCUAAGUGGGGCCUCGUUAACCAGCCAGGACGCAGCUCCCCACUGCCCUGCAGCCACCCAGGCUACUGCAUCCAGACCCCUCCCCGCCAAAGCCAGAUGCCCGCAGCCCCCACAUUGCAACGUCCCGAGCCCCAGCAUCCCUACAGCGCACGCCAGCCCCCGGCCCGCGGCUUUGCACCUUGCGGGGAUCAAGCGGUGGCCAGACCAGAGGGACGUUCAGGCCAUGAACAAGGCAGCAGCCUGCUGAGAGGCAGCAGGGCCCAGUGGCUAGCGCACUGGACUGGGAUAUUGGUUGUAGCCGUGUUGGUCUAAUAAAGAUAUCCCCUCUA